CUUUCCUGCCUCCACGGAGCUCAUGAGCUGUCAAGCUGCAGAGCUAACCCACCUCACUGGGGACAGCUCAGUAAACACCACAGACAAACUCCUGUGUGCCCUUGGCACAUCCAACUUCAGAUAUCUGCAGGAAGCUGCCUUUGGAAUAAGUCUUCUUUUCAUCCAGGCUUUUGAUUUGCUCUAGAAGUCCUCUGAAAGGCAAGAUAUCUUGUUUUCUUUUGUCCAUGGAAUUCCCAUUUUUUCAUGGGAAGAUAACAAGAAAAGCCUGUGAAGAGCUGCUGACCAAGAAGAAAAAGAAUGGCAGCUAUUUAAUACGGGAGAGUGAGAGUGUGGAAGGAGCCUUGUGUCUCUGUGUUUUCUUUGAGGACCUCAUCUACACUUACCGUAUCUUCAGGGAACACCAAGGACAUUUCAGAAUACAGACUUCUGAAGGUGUUCCACAGAGGACCUUCAAAACAUUAAAGGAUUUAAUAUAUGCUUUUGAAAAGCCAAAUCAAGGACUGAUAACAAACCUCCGCUACCCAGUGAAGAAACCGAAGGACUUGCGAAGAAGCCAGAGGCACAAGCCAGAAAUGGACAGCAUAUAUGAUGAAGUUGAUGACAGUGGUGAUUACGUCCACGUCUUACCCUGAUGGAUCUGCACCUGACGGUUUGGGAAGCUGCCAUUCCAGGAUGUGCUCCGGCACAGUGCCUCAGCUGCAGAGCUUCCAGCUCAGUGUCCUCUGCUCCAGAUCUGGAAUUACCCUUCUCCUUUUGCAGAGUACCAGUAGAUCCUGUACAAGCUGUCAUGCAUGUUUGCUCAGCAAUAAAAGAAGCACUUUUUGUCACAGACACACACAGGUAUGGGGGGAAGGUAGCUUGUGUCCAAGUGUCUUCUGGUGGUUUUUAGCCAGAAAAUUGUCCAAGAUGUUGACUGCUAGAGUGAACAUUGUUAGAAGGCAGCAAUAUAAAUACCUUAAAUGAAUGGGCAUAAAGCAGAAAUUUAUGGCAGAAUUUAUAGGUAUUGAUAAAAACUAUAUAUGACAAAACUAUUGGCAUUGUAAGAUGCUUUAAAACCCCCACACUCCGUUAUUUUGCACAUGAUUCAUGUUACCUCAUUGUUGGAGGAGUGAAUAGUAUUUCAGCAAUGUCAAGGAAUACUUGUAGUCCAUAGUCUGAAUAAUGCAAAUUAAAACAAAAAUGCUGUGUUAAAUCCAUGCUAUAAAAAACUAACCAACCAGAGGAAAAUGGUUUGAAAUACUUUUAAUGUUGAGGAAUGGUUCUGUCAGAUUACAAGAGGACUACGAGUUCUACGUGCAUGUCAGUAUGAACACAUCAUUUUUUAAUAAGUUCUGUACAUAAAGGAACGCUUACUCCAUUUCAUUUUCUGCUGCCAUUGGUUCUGUAUUAUGUAUAUAUCUUUUGUUGUUUGUUUGUUUUAAAUGUAAGAAUUUGCUUAAUAUCACCUCAAAUUUUAAAUAUUUAAUAAAUACUUUAGUUCUGAAGGUGGCUUGCAACUAGCAGCCACAGACAGAACUGGAAUGUA